AAGAUAUUUUUUCUCUCCCCAAAUCCCAGCCACCGCUCUCUCUCAACACCGGAAAAAAGGUAAAAUAAAAAAUCUCCUUCUUUCUCAGAAACCAAACAGCAGAAUAACUCUAUCAAUUUCUCCUAAUCAAACUUGCUUCCUUGAUUCAUCGUUUACGUUCUUCGCAGUGGCUAUGGAUUUCUAGUGUCGUCUAUGUGUGGUUCGAUUUUGUGGAAGCAUUCGAGGUUAGGAGUUAUUCUGCCGAGGUUUUCUGUGUGAGAGAGGGAGGGGGAUUCCGGACGGUGGAGAUGGAUCGGGAAGGAGGAUCCGCUGGCGCAUCUUGCUACUACUCCGUUCUAGGGAUUCGCAAGGACGCCUCCUUCUCUGACAUCCGCACUGCCUACCGCAAGCUCGCCAAGAAAUGGCAUCCAGAUAAAUAUGCGAGGAAUCCUGGGGUGGCUGGAGAAGCCAAACGGCGAUUUCAGCAAAUCCAUGAAGCUUACUCAGUUCUCUCCGACGAGAGCAAGAGAUCCAUGUACGACGCCGGCCUCUACGAUCCCUUGGAGGAAGAAGAUGAAGAUUUCUGUGAUUUUAUGCAAGAGAUGCUCUCCAUGAUGAACAAUGUGAAAGACGAGGGGGAUAGUUUUGAGGACCUUCAAAGGAUGUUUGCGGAGAUGGUUGGCGGAGACGGCAUGAGCUUCGACGUCAACGGCAACAGUCCGGCCGAGACCAAGAGGGCACGUGUCAAUUCGUCCAAAGCUAAUGGGGUAAAGAGGAGCUCUUGCUGUUGAUCUGUGGUACCUUUAUGUUCAACCAUGCAAAGUUCUAUCCUUGUUGUUUAAUUUAGGCCUAAAUUCCCUUUUAACUCCCAAUUAGGGUGGUGGGAAUUUGGGUGUUUUAGAGGGGAAUUUUAGUCUCAGGUGUUUCACUCUGGCUUUAGGAACAAUCUUAUGGACUUGAAAUUGGGAAGGAAAAACUUCGUGAUCUUAUGAAUAAUCUUUUACUUAUUUA